AUUGGCAUUUAAGUUACGCCAAUGCCAGUGCUAAUAUAGCGAGGCGUCCACACUGCGUGGCAACGCGGGCGACCGGGCAUGUGGUCAGAUCUGGUUCGGUUUAAGAUUCGUUGCGUUUUGUGUGGAAACCUGGAUUACGGUUCAACCUUGGGGGCCUUGGUUAGAUUCAAUACGCUUCUCGAAGAAAGACGAUGGAAAGUAGCACGAAGAAGAGGGAAGAAAACACUAGAGAUUACGAGUACGACAGAGACUUCAAGGUCAAGAAGGCAAGGUUAAACUCGACUCUCGCCGCUCUUCUUGACGAUCCCGUACUUGCCGAUGUCCCCAAGGAUCCGACCCUGUCGGACGUGGACACCCUCAUCAGCCUCGAGUUGGGCAGCGCCAUGCGCGUCUCCGUCCUUAAGUUGGACGGAAAUUCCUUCGAUGUAGCAUUGGUGAAUUCGGCGACGGUGAAGGAUUUGAAGCUUGCAAUAGAGAAGAAAGUGAAUGACAUGGAGCAAUCUCACAUGGGUCAUCGUCACAUUUCAUGGAAGCAUGUGUGGGCGAAUUAUUGUCUUUCGUACAAUAAGGAGAAGCUACUAGAUGAUCACUCUGUGCUUCAGGAUUUUGGCAUACGUAAUAAUUCUCAGGUACAUUUUAUCCCCUAUGUGAUGUCAAAGGGUUUUCAACGGCAUUCAAAGAGGAGAAAGCAUCGUUUCUUUCAUGGUCUGAACAAGCGUGGGUGAAUAAUCAAUCAUGUUGCAUGCUCGCCCAGUGCUGCACAGGUUCUGGCUCUUUGUUGUUGAUAGUUUUCUACGAAUGUAGCCAAGAAUGGCACAAGUCCCUGUUACGAUGAAUUUAUACCACAUUAUAUAUAAAUUCAUAUAAUAUGAUAUAAAUUUAUACCGCGUUACUUAUAAAAAAAUGAUGAAUUUAUACCACAUUGUUUUUGGCAAUUGUCUCUUUGUUUUUGGGGUGCCUAAAGUUCUACUUCAUUUAAUUUUCUUUCAAGAAUAUUACAUAUGUUUGUAUAUCAACUCUGGAUGUCCCGGUGCUUGGUAAACCUAAAUACUUGGAAGACCAAGAAUGUACUAAGACUAGGGCCAUGGAAGCGGUUCGGGUUUAUGGCCAUUGAGUACUGCUUUAUUCU